AUUCUACUUUUAUUUCCCCCCUCCGACCAUGGGCAAGGCUCAGAAGAAGAGUGGCAAAGGACGUCUCGAUAAAUAUUAUAAACUCGCCAAAGAACAAGGAUAUCGAGCCCGUUCUGCAUUCAAGCUUAUUCAACUCAACAAAAAGUUUUCAUUCUUGGAAUCUUCGAGAUGCUGUAUAGAUCUCUGUGCUGCCCCGGGAGGCUGGUUGCAGGUUGCUAGCAAAUUCAUGCCGGUUAAUAGCGUUAUUGUUGGUGUCGAUCUCGUUCCUAUAAAACCCAUUCCCCGCGUGGUUACUUUCUCUGCAGAUAUUACAACCGCCGGUUGUCGAAAUCUCCUGCGUGGAGAACUAAAAGACUGGAAUGCCGAUGUUGUCCUCCACGAUGGUGCUCCCAAUGUCGGUACCGCUUGGAUUCAAGAUGCCUACGGUCAAUCUGAACUCGUGCUCAUGAGUUUAAAACUUGCUGUGGAAUUCCUGAUAAAGGGCGGGACAUUUGUCACGAAAGUUUUUCGGAGCGCCGACUACAACAACCUUAUUUGGGUAUUCAAUCAAUUAUUUGGCAAGGUGGAAGCCACGAAACCUCCUUCUUCAAGGAACGUCUCUGCAGAAAUUUUUGUCGUAUGUCGCGACUUCCUUGCUCCCAAAUACAUCGAUCCCAAGUUUCUGGACCCGAAACACGUCUUCAAAGACCUCGCAGCCUCCGUACCUGAGGUUGGUAAAGCUUUGGUUACGCACAACGCUCAGGCAAACGUGUUUCAACCCGAUAAGAAACGUCGUCACCGUGAUGGUUAUGAGGAUGGAAAUUACACGCUCUUCAAAACGAUGCCUGUUUCGGAAUUUGUCAAGGGAUCGGAUCCGGUCGCCAUUCUUGGUUCUUACAACAAGAUAGCAUUCGAAACACAGGAGGAGAAGGAGUGGCUGUCACUGGAUAUCACUACCAAUGAUGUGAAGGCGAACUGUGAAGACCUCAAAGUUCUUGGAAAGGGCGAUUUCAAGAUUCUCAUAAGAUGGAGGUUAGCCCUCCGCGAAGAGCUGGGAUUGGACAUAAAGACAAAAUCAGCAGAGGAAGCAACAGAGACCGUAGAAAUCACGGAAGAAGUUGACGAGGAUCAGGCAAUACAGGAGGAGCUCGAACGACUCAACGCCGAAAAUGCAGCCAGAAGGAAACGCGAAAGACGUAAAGCGAACGAAGUGCGCCAACGCACAAUACAGCGGAUGCAACUCCAAAUGACCGCUCCGAUAGAUAUCGGUUUGGAACAACAGGACGCUGCCCUUGUCUACGGUCAAGACGACAUUUUUGAUCUCAAGAAUACAGAGAACGGGAUGCAAAAGAAGGGUGGGAUGUCGAAAUUGAUCGGAGAAGAUGGGACGAUAGUGGCGGAGAGUGACGACGAAGAGGGUAAUGAAAGGCUCAGCGAUGAUGAUGCUCUUGAUGAGGUUUUGGACUCAGAAGAGGAACGAGAGGAGAAGGCGCGAAGCCUCGAAGCCGAACUCGAUGCUCUCUACGACGACUAUCAAAUCCGCUUAAGAGAAAAGGACGCGAAAUUCAGAGUGAAAGAGGCACGAGAGAAGCACAAGUCACGGGAAGAGUGGACAGGCAUACAAGAGAAUCAAAAAGACUCUGAUGAUGAACCUGAGGAGGAAGGUGGCUAUGACAUAAUGCAUCAGCACGUAGACGACGGUUCCUCGAGCGAUGAGAGCGAUGAGGACGAAGCUCAGCACCCACCUACAAAGAGAAGAAGAGCUGACUCUUCGGGGCGGAGUCUCAUCGCGGAUUUAGCUGAACCCAAACCUUCCGUGAGUCAGGCAUCCAAAGUCUGGUUCAGUCAAGACGUCUUUGCGGAAGUCAACGAUGCAGAUGAAGAGGACGAGGAGGAUGAGGACAAAGAAGAAAGCGACGGAGGUGAAGGUGAAGACGAGUCCGAUGGAGAAGAUGGAGAGAUCAAUGAUGCAGAUGAGAAUGACUUUGAGAUCGUUCCGCACGAAGCGGAAGAAGACGCGGAGAUGUGGGAUGUCUCGAACGAGAGUGAGGACGCACUGAAACGGGCAUAUAUUAAAAAAUAUGGUCUUGUCACUCCGGAAGCACUCACCCUGGCUCAGCAACUGGUGAAUCGGGAGAAGACCAGAACGCAACUCAUCAACGACGGCUUUAACCGGUAUUCUCUCAACUCGAAGGACGGGCUACCAUCAUGGUUCCUCGACGACGAGCAGAAACAUUACAAACCCAACAUUCCCGUUACGAAAGAAGCAAUCGCUGCGCUGCGUGCGAAGCAGAGAGCGUUGGAUGCUCGACCGAUAAAGAAGAUUGCCGAAGCAAAAGCGCGAAAGAAGUACAAGACUGAGCAGAGACUCGAGAAAGCUAUGAAGAAGGCCGAAGGAGUAAAUGCAACCUCGGACAUGACGGAGAGGGAGAAGGCGCAGGCGAUAGAGAAACUGAUGCGUAAGGGAAUGUCUUCGGGGCACAAGAAGAAGGAGGUGAGGCUGGUUGUUGCGAAGGGAGCCCAUAAAGGCAUACAAGGAAGGCCAAAAGGUGUGAAGGGGCGCUAUUUCAUGGUCGACUCGCGCAUGAAGAAAGAGGUGCGAGCUAAGAAACGAAGGGAAAAGGCGGAUAAAAAAUGAAAUCUCAAAUAAAAUAUAUUGCGUUGAUAUUUUGGGAUAACUGUUUUACCCCCCUACUUUCUGCAAAGCUCGGUGAAGCUCUGGGGGAGUGUGAAGGGUGUCAUGCAGAAAAAUGUGCUAGUCAAAAAUCAUCGUCAACUAUUAAAGGACUUCGCACUGGCA